UAUAGAUUACAGAUAUAAUUGAUAGUAUUAGCCAUACAUUGUAAUAGUGUGUGAACAACCAAAAUGAGAGCUCUCAUUUUCCUUGGUUGCCUUUCAAUUGUAACAGUUUCGGGUAGACGAGGGUUCGGAGAAACCACAGACCAAGAAUGGGGUUUCGUCAAUGUCCGACCAAACGCCAACAUCUUCUGGUGGUUGCACUACACCUCAGCCAAAGUGAACAACGUGACUGACAAACCCCUCAUCCUCUGGCUCCAGGGCGGUCCCGGAUCGUCAUCCACUGGUUACGGAAGCUUCGUCGAACUUGGUCCUCUGGACACGAAUCUGCAACCAAGGAAUUCCAGUUGGGAUAAAUAUGCUAAUCUGUUGCUUGUCGACAGUCCGGUUGGUACUGGAUUCAGCUACGUUGAUGACGAAAGUGCUUACACUACGAAUAACACUCAGAUCGCUCGGGACUUCCUGGUUUUCCUUAAGGCAUUUUUCGAUGAGAAUGCUAUAUUCCAGAAGGUUCCCUUCUAUAUUUUCACUGAGUCGUAUGGUGGAAAGAUGGUAGCUGAAAUUGUUUCGCUUCUAGUGAAAGAGGGACCAUCGAUGAAUAUAAGAUGCAAUCUGACUGGAAUAGCUCUUGGAGAUUCCUGGAUUUCGCCAGUGGAUUCAGUUCUACAGUAUGCUCCCUACCUACUUGGCUUGGGAAUUGUAGAUAAAAGAGGGUACGAUAAAAUGAACAAAGUGGCACAAGAACUCAAGAUUGCUGUUGAUAACGAACGAUUUGAUGAGGCUUUCGGUCUAUGGAGAGGAGUAGAAUAUGAAAUUAAAACAGCUACCUAUGGAGUUGACAUGUACAAUGUUCUGAACAAAAAACAAGGAGUAGGAUCAUCGUCAGAUGGUGCAGAUUAUAGUGUAGACUACCCAGGCCAAACCGGUGUCGAUCCGGAAGCAGAUGCUAUAGUUUCUAAAAUAAUGAAUGGACCAGUGAGAGAUGCUCUCAAUAUUUCCCAAUUUUUUGGAACUCAGAGCGAUGAUGUGUUUAAUGUGCUCAAAGGAGACUUCAUGAGCCCAGUUGUGAAUAUUGUGGAGGAAUUAUUGAAUACAACGAGUAUUUACAUUGCCGUCUAUACUGGACAACUUGAUUUGAUAGUUCCAACUCCAGGAACUUUGAACUGGGUCAAUAACAUGAAUUGGAAAAACAAAGAGCAAUGGCAAGCAGCUGAAAGAAUGCUUUACAAAAAUGAAGGUUUUGUAAAGCGAUCAACAAAUUUUGGAGUUUACUGGGUGGAAAGAAGUGGUCACAUGGUACCAGCAGAUAAUCCGAAUGCAAUGGACUAUAUCUUGAGAGAUGUUACCAAUAAUUUUCAAGUUUGAUCAAUAAGAAAUGCCCAUACUGAAAGAACAUGAUCGAUUUUGGGAAUCCCGGAAUGAUAUUUAUUACAGAGAAGGAACUAUAUCAAUAAGAAAAUCAUCGGUAUCAGCAAUUCACCAAUAGUUUUAUGAUUAAUUAUAACAGCCAUUGUACGAAUUAUAAGAAAUAUAACAUGAAUAGAAUGUAAUUA